AUGUCGAUACUCAAUUACUGGACCGUUGCAGCAUUGGUACUGGGCCUCGCCGCCUUUGCACCGGGCAUCAUGGGUAUGCUUGGGCUGGGAGGAAAUAAGUUCUUGGUGAAAGGGAAGACAGUCCUCUUGACCGGCGCCUCAGAAGGAAUGGGAAAGAGUGUUGCAAUUCAAUUGGCAAAAAAGGGAGCAAAUGUGAUAAUUGUUGCGAGAAACGUCGGAAAAUUGGAGAAAGCUAUGGUGGAAAUCAAGGCUGCAGCUCUCUCCCCAUCAACGCAAUCUUUCCACUUCAUUUCCGCAGACGUCUCUAUUCCCACCGAAGCCGCACGCAUACUCGAAGAAGCCACUAAAUUCAAUUCUUCUAACCCUCUAGACAUUGUCUGGUGUAUCGCUGGCACUUCUACCCCCGGCUUCUUCCUCGAUACGACUCCCCAGAAACUUCGCACACAAAUGGACAUAAAUUAUUGGUCUUGUGCAGAUAUGGCUCAUUGCGUUUUGAAAUCCUGGCUCUCCACCUCCAAUGCCGAAAAGAAAGACCGACAUUUAAUCUUCACCAGUAGCGUUUUAGCUUUCUAUUCCGUCGUGGGUUAUACACCAUAUUCACCGACCAAAGCUGCGAUCAAAAGUUUGAGCGAUACUUUAUAUCAAGAAGUCCUACUAUAUCCCAAUCCUCCACAAAUUCACACAAUUUUUCCAGGUACAAUAGCUAGCCCAGGAUUGGAGAUCGAGAAUCAAGGCAAACCAGAAAUCACGCAUUUAUUGGAGGAAACGGAUCCGAUACAAACACCAGAUGAAGUCGCGAAAAAUGCGAUUAGGGGCUUGGAAAGAGGAGAAUAUCUGAUUACGGUGGGUUGGCUAGGAAGUAUGAUGAGAGCUUGCGCAUGGGGAGGUAGUAGGAGAGGAAAUUGGGUGUCGGAUACGUUGGUUACAUGGGUGACGAGUUUGGUUUGGGGGUUUGUCGGGAGGGAUUUGGAUGGAAAAGUUAGGAGGUGGGGGGAGGCAAAAGGGUUUAAAAGAAACUGAAAUGUUAUGUUGAGGCGGGGUUGCGCAAGAACCGGCCAUUCGAUAGGUCAUGCCAAUAUCCCGGAAGAAAGUACAACUUUCAAUAGAGGAGCUGCUGUAUAUAGCGCAUCUAUUCUUGAAGGUACUCAAUCGUAUCUGCGGAGCAUAGUAGAUGCACAAAAGUGUACUUCACCGUAGCUUACCGACGUAUAUAACACUAGCUACAUUAAUACCAAAAUCUCAGGAGUCUGCGAUGGUGCUGCUAUCUGCUAAAUCCACCACGGCACUGAAGGUUGGUACUGUGUGUUUUAUGCC